UUUGCAAUAAUGAAGCGGUUGCGACAUCCAAAUAUUGUACUUUUUAUGGGUGCUGUCAUUCAGCCACCAAAUUUGUCCAUAGUUACUGAAUAUUUAUCGAGAGGUAGCUUAUAUAGACUUCUUCAUAGACCUGGUGCGAGAGAGUUGUUAGAUGAAAGACGUCGGCUGUGUAUGGCUUACGAUGUGGCAAAUGGGAUGAAUUAUCUUCACAAACGCAAUCCUCCCAUUGUUCACCGAGAUUUAAAAUCUCCAAAUCUGCUAGUGGACAAAAAAUAUACAGUGAAGGUCUGUGAUUUUGGUCUUUCUCGUUUCAAAGCUAAUACAUUUCUUUCAUCAAAGACUGCUGCCGGAACUCCGGAAUGGAUGGCGCCUGAUGUUCUUCGUGAUGAACCAUCAAAUGAGAAAUCUGAUGUAUACAACUUUGGCGUUAUUUUAUGGGAGUUGGCAACACUACAACAACCAUGGAGUAAUUUGAGCGCACCACAGGUUUGUGCUUGGUAUUUUAGGUGUAAAUGGUGAUCUAAACAAUUGAAU